AAACCAUAUACUUAUAUACAGUGGGGGAUUUUCCUCACAUAUAUACAUAGCACUGGUAGAUAUAUAUGAAGAUAUAUGGACAGAUAUAUAUGAAGACAUUCUGUAAGUUUGCCACAAUCCCAUAUUCACCUAUUUAAUACACUAUUCCAUUCUCUUACCAUACUAUUCCGUAUUCACCUAUUUAAUACAUUAUUCCAUUCUCUUACCAAACUAUCCCAUACUCACCUAUUUAAUACAUUAUUACAUUCCCUUCUCUUACAGAUGCGGAUACAGUUCCUGAUCCUCCCACUAGCUGUCAGUGGCCUCAGACACUCACAUACUCAACUACAAGUCCCUCUGAUGCUACUGACAACUCUUCUGGAAACCACAUCAAUACUAACAAUAACUAUGGUAGCAAUGGCAAUAACUAUGAUGGGCCAACCAAAGGGACAAUGAACUGGUCAACCAAUGGGCCAACAAACUGGUCUAUCAACUGGACAACUUGGCAAAUGAGUGAACCAAAUAAUGGACAAUCAAAUGGGAAAGUGAACUGGACAACAAAUGGAUUAAUGAACGUAUCAGUCGUUGAACCAACAAGUGAGCUUAUUUAUGGGGAAUCGAAUGGGCUGAUGAACUAUACAACAAAUGGAUCAAUAAACCAACCAGUGAAUGGGGGAAGUAAUCGUCCAACAAAUGGGCCCACAAGUAAUUCAAAUCUUUUCCAAGAGAGCUCACAGACCACAAACAUUCAGGGAGCACGUCUAUCUGUGACUCUCAACAACAAAUCGAGCUCCAGGGCAACCUCUGAGCCAGUAUCCUUUUCUAGUGCCCUCUUAAUGUCCCUAGCAAGUGCCACAUCUACAUCAGCAGGUAUAAAUGUGUAUACAAGUAGGGCUGCUCCUCUAUCCUCUCUACUGCAAGAGUUUCCCUCAGUCAAAGCCUUUGUAUUUUCAGGUUAUAUUGGAUCCCCAGAUAACACUGCCACAGGGUAUAGAACAGAGAAUCUGGGAACCAACACAAUGGCACGUAUGUUCAAAUAUCUUCACUAUUUCUAUUGCUUAAUGCUCUCUCAUUUAACACCGGUUUUCCUUGGCUCAUACUCUCUCUCUGUUUUGUCUCCCAGUCUCCUCCUUGUACUUGGUGCUGAGAUCCAUGACUUGGACAGAAUCCCAAUCGUAUUGUCGCCAACAUUAUACUGACCUGGCUGCGGUCACAAGCUCUAAAGAACAUAGCACAAUAUCUUUCUUUCUAUCCACACAAACCUCUGGAACAAGAUAUUGGUUUGGGCUAAGAAAAAGCCAAUUUUGGGGCAACUGGUAUUGGAGUGGAGGGCAGUCCUUUGGGGAGUACACUAACUGGGGACAAGGAGAACCACUGGAGCCACUAUCCAAGAUGUGUGGUCUGAUCUCAAAUCCAGCAGAAAAUCUGAGUUGGAGCUCAGAGUGCUGUGUGAUGAGAUUGCCUUUUUUAUGCUAUAAAAUGGAUUGAUUCAGCUUCAUUUAUGAAAAUAAAUUAUAAGUCUAUAAAGAGCUACAAUAGUUAUGAGAAAAA